AACCCCUGCUAUCUCUCCCACACCCAAACCACGCUAGCUGCAGUCACACACUCACACGGACGACCAGCAAAAUGGCAUCGAGAAACACUGCCAUCUUCCUCCUCGGGCCGCUCCUCUUCUGCGUCGCCAUGAGCAGCGCCGCGAGAAUCCUAGAGGAGGUUGCCGCUCCAUCGAAGGACAAGGAACACCUUCCCGAGCUGCCGACGCUGCCCAAGGUUGAGCUGCCGCCGUUACCGGAGGUGCACCUGCCGCCUAAGCCCGAGCUGCCCAAGGUCGAGCUGCCGCCGUUCCCGGAGUUUCACCUGCCGAGUAAACCCGAGCUGCCCAAGGUCGAGCUGCCGCCGUUCCCCGAGUUUCACCUUCCAUCCAAGCCAGAGCUGCCCAAGGUGGAGCUCCCGUCGAAGCCCGGCGUCCCCGAGUUCCACUUCCCGGAGCCGGAAGCCAAGCCAUCACGCAGAGGCAGCCAUCUCUCCCACACUCAUCCAAACCACACUGCUAGAGCUAGCUGCAAGACAUCCAAAGUAUCCAGCAAUAUGGCACCGAGAAACAAUGUCAUCUUCCUCCUUGGGCUGCUCCUCUCGUGCGUCGCCACGAGCGGCGCAUCGAGAAUCCUGGAGGAGGAGGCGAUCAAGGAAGCAGAGCACACUCCACACCUUACGGUGCCGGAGCUGCCAUCGCUGCCCAAGGUUGAGCAGCCGCCGUUCCCGGAGGUACACCUCCCGGCCAAGCCAGAGCUGCCACCGUUUCCGGAGGUGCACCUUCCGGCAAAGCCAGAGCUGCCCAAGGUCGACCUUCCUCCGUUUCCGGAGGUGCACCUUCCGGCCAAGCCAGAACUGCCCAAGGUGGAGCUGCCGCCGAAGCCUGAGAUGCCCGAGUUCCACUUCCCGGCAUCAGCCUGCUAUCUCUCCCACAUCCAAACCACACUGCCAGAGCUAGCUCUCGCUGCAAGCCUGCAAGACAUCAUCCAAUUAGUGACAGCAGCUGCCAAUAUGGCAACGAGAAGCACCAUCAUCUUCCUCCUCGGGCUGUUCCUCUCGUGCGUCGCCAUGAGCGCCGCAGCGAGAAUCCUGGAGGAGGAGGCCACUGCUCCCAAGGUCGAGCUGCCGACGUUCCCGGAGGUGCACCUCCCGGCCAAACCAGAGCUGCCGAAGGUUGAGCUUCCCCCGUUUCCGGAGGUGCACCUUCCGGCCAAGCCAGAGCUGCCCAAGGUGGAGCUGCCACCGUUUCCGGAGGUGCACCUUCCGGCCAAGCCAGAGCUGCCCAAGGUGGAGCUGCCGCCGAAGCCUGAGAUGCCCGAGUUCCACUUCCCGGUGCCGGAGGCCAAGCCAUGAGCCCAGAGCCCUGGAUUGUCUUCGCUUGUGUUCUCCCUACAUGUUUGUGUAUCUGUUGCUCGUGUUAUGCCAUCGUUGUGAUAGUUAGGGUUUUCGACGAGUCGCGCGAGUGAUGCGCGCGCUGGCGUGUCUACUUAGCUUGGAUAUAUGUAUGUACGCAGCGGUGCCAUGUUUACUCUGGUUUAUACAAAAAUAGUUAUGAUCUGAUCAUUCUCA